GAUAAGCCUGAUCCCAUCCCCAUUUUAUUUAUGAGAUAAGAUAUUGCAAGGUCCUACCACAACAAGUCCUAUUUUGUAUGUUUUACAUUCCUUAUACAUUCUUCCAUCCAACCACAUGUACCAUAGAAGGUAUAGCAACUAGCAAAGAGGAUCAAAUUGUAGAAAUGGCAUCAAUCACCAUGACAGCCUCAAUCCUUGGCUUCCCGACUGUAACCAAUCGGUCAGCCGUAGCAAGACAGAGAAGAGUAAUCGUCAACGCUGUUAGAGCAGUCGAAGGGGAAAAGAUGGUCAGAUACGACAAAGAAAAGCAGGGAAGCAAUGGAAGGAGAGAGUUGAUGUUUGCUGCAGCAGCAGCUGCUGUUUGCUCUGUUGCAGGUGUUGCAAUGGCAGAUGAAGAUGAACCAAAAAGAGGUACCCCAGAAGCCAAGAAAAAGUAUGCCCCUGUUUGUGUCACUAACCCAACAGCCAGGAUUUGUCGCAAUUGAGUCUCUUGGUUAACAAUGGGGUUGUGUUGUGGUGUUUAUAUUUCAUGUAAUGGUUACUGUACUAUUUUAAUUUGUUCAUAAAAGUAUAAACUUGCCUUA